GAACGCAUGCGCAGUGGUAAAAGCGGCACAAACGGGCAUCCGGACGACAGAAGAGUCAAAAACAAUGAGUGCCCGCCGGCGGACUCUGAACGCAGAGAGCGCCACAUGGAGGCGGUGCUGAAGAACCUGGCGAGCGCGGCGGAGCUGCUGGCCGCGGCGGCGCACAGCGGUGUGGUGGAGCAGUGGGACAAACAGACUCUGUCCAGAGCUUUUCACUGGGCCCGCUACUGCGAACACCUCUUCUCCAGGUUCCACAGUAAUCCCACGAUGAGGGGGGUUAUGGAGAAGCAGCUGCAGCUCACAAAUCAAAGUUUGGGAGCUGCCUUCCCUGAAUACACCGAGGUCUCCUUCUCGGACCUGUCCCGGUGUCAGCACCUGUUGCUUGUUGGGCUGUUGAACAACCCUGAGCUGCCCGUCUCCAUCAUGAAGACACUGUUUGACACUUGGAGUCCUGCAAACACCAAGCAGAGCGAGUACCAGGAUGUCACCGGCUUCUGCAACCACAUCAUUCAGUGCAAAUCUGCAUGUAAAGUCCUGAGUCCUUUCACAGACGUGUCAGCGGUCGGUGCUGAUGCUGAGGUUCAGGGGGUGAUGUUGAUGGAGAGGCUUGGUGCUCUGCUGAGCCGGGGCGGUGAAGCCUGCCGGGCGGAGCACUUUUUAGACUCUGUCCUCCAGGGAUGUGAAGGAGCGGCAGAACAUUUCUGUCUGGUCAUCGCUGCAGCUCUGCUGACAACGAAGAACCCGGCUGCACAAACUGCUUCACAGGGUUUUCUGUUGGACUGGCUGCGUAGAAAACACAGUGUGCUUCAGCUCAUGUGUUCUGCACUGCCCACUGCACUUCUGAUAGACCUGGCCAAAGAACACCUGGAAUUUAGAGACGCGUACUGCGAUGUGCUGAAAAAGUGGGCCUCUGAUAUGGAGUACAGUAUGAGGGAAGGUGAAUGGGUUCAGACCAGCACAAAGCGAACGGUGUCCUUCCAGAAACUGACUGAGUGCUUUCUGGCCUUGUUUGAGGCCUGUCCCCCUCUGAGGGAGGAUGUAGAAAGAGAGCUAAAUGCUUUGAACAUUGCUGAUGGAGACUUUGAUGUCAGAGGUUUGAGUGUGUGGGGAGACCUCCUGUCAGCAUUCAACAACUGACUGUCAGUCUUUGGAGUUCUUUAGUGCUGAAGGAGAUAGACUAAAUAUAGCCGGAUGUAUCUUGGUGCAAUGUUUGAAUAAGGCUGGGUAUUAAACAUCUUUACUUUUUUCAUACCAAA